CAUGUUCCGCCAACUACUCCGGCAAGGCGGCUCAGCCCGUCGUAUGCCCCUACGAUGCGCGCCUUGCUCCUCGUCAAUUGUUUCUGUCCGCCUUCUCUCCUCCUCGCACUCAAAGGUCUACAGCAGCGCCGAUGAGGCAGUUAAGGACAUCAAGUCCGGCUCUGUCGUGCUCAGCUCCGGCUUUGGCCUUUGCGGUACGCCUGACACUUUGAUCGACGCCAUUAGCAAGAACACGCAGAUCCAGAACCUCACAUGCGUCAGCAACAAUGCCGGCAGUGGGGAGCGAGGACUUGGCAAGCUGCUGGUCGCUGGCCAAGUCGGUAAGAUGAUCUCGUCCUUCAUUGGGUCCAACAAGACGUUCGAGCAGCAGUACCUGGAUGGCAAAGUGUCCCUUCAGCUCACACCGCAGGGAUCCAUCGCAGAGAGGUGCAGAGCAGGCGCCUUUGGUAUCCCUGCCUUCUACACGCCUACCGGGUACGGAACUGCAGUACAGACGGGGGACAUCGUUGUGCGUUACAAGAAGGAAGGCGAUGCCAAGCCCGAGCCUAAAGAGUGGGCUACACCUCGUGAGACUCGCGAGUUCAACGGGCGCAAUUACAUACUCGAGGAGGCCAUCCAUGCCGAUGUGGCUAUCGUCCACGCGUGGAAAGCAGACGAAAUGGGCAACUGUCAAUUCCGCUACGCAGCCAAGAACUUCGGGCCCGUCUUCUCCAAGAACGCUAAAUUGACCAUCAUCGAAGCAGAGGAGAUCGUCCCGGUGGGCAGCAUUGACCCCAACUUCGUCGAUGUCCCCUCCAUCUUCGUCGACCGAAUCGUCAAGGCAACGAUGCCGAAGCAGAUUGAGGUGAAGACGUUACGCGAGGAGAAGAAGCCGCCCUCGAAGGAGGAAUCUGCCCCUGCUGACGAGGCGAAAGCUAAGGGCAAGGCUCGUAGAAGGGCUAUUGUGGCUCGAGCAGCAAAGGAGCUCCAGGCCGGGGACUAUGUCAAUCUUGGUGUGGGGAUGCCUUCGCUGGUGCCCAACUUCCUGCCUGAGGGUGUGGACGUGACGCUGCACAGCGAGAAUGGGAUCUUGGGCAUGGGUCCCUAUCCUACACCCGCGGAGCUAGAUGCUGACCUGGUCAAUGCGGGUAAAGAGACGGUGACCCUCUUGCCCGGGGCGUCUACGUUUGACUCGACUGAGUCAUUCGGCAUGAUCAGGGGAGGGCAUGUGGACGUGACGAUGUUGGGCGCUCUCCAAGUCGCGGCCAACGGAGAUCUGGCCAACUGGAUGAUCCCGGCAAAGGUCGUCAAAGGAAUGGGCGGCGCAAUGGACCUCGUCUCCUCGCCAGACAACACCAAGGUCGUCGUGCUCACAGACCACGUAGACAAGAAUGGUCAAUCCAAGAUCGUUCACCGUACUAAGCUCCCCCUCACUGGAUCGCGCUGCGUCUCGAGGAUCAUCACGGAUCUGUGCGUCUUCGAUGUCAACCGCAAGGGAGAGGGAGGCUUGACAUUGAUUGAGCUGAUGGAAGGGGUGAGCUUGGAGGAGGUCAAAGAGAAGACGGAUGCUCCAUUUGAGAUUGCGAGUGGGAUUGAAGCGUGAGGGCAAGGAUCGUACGAUGCAAUUGAACCCUCAUGGCCGUACCCGUACCUUUGCGCGUGCCAAUUGCUGUCGUGUGACACUAGAGUAGGCCUCUUGCACUAAUCAUCCGUCGUCGCGUUCUGUAUUGCCUUGGCUUCGCCGUGAAUAGAAGUGGAAGUUUGAACCCGGG